CAAAUUAGGUUAAAUGGCAAUGCUGUGCUGCACUCCAGGGACUUCAAAGUUCUCACCAAGGCAUGGUCCAGGAGUGCUGAGGGAGAGGCAGCGCCCAGCCCUGGGAAUGGCUGUGAACCAGACAGAUGGCUGUUUGCUGUAUAAUGGUGUCCUAGAAAAGUAUUAUCUUUCCACCGUGUACAGCCUUGAGUUCAUUUUAGGCUUCAUUGGAAACACCAUUGUUGUGUUCGGCUAUAUUUUCUGCCUGAAAAACUGGAAAAGUGGCAACAUCUACCUGUUCAAUUUAUCAUUAUCAGAUUUAUUAUUUCUGUGUACUCUUCCAAUGCUCGUGAACAGCUACUCCAGAGGUCAAUGGACAAAUGAGAGCAUCUUGUGCCACAGCAACAGAUUUCUGUUGCAUGCAAACUUGUAUAGCAGCAUCCUUUUCCUCACUGUUAUCAGUAUUGACAGGUACAUGCUCAUAAAAUGUCCUUUCAGAGAACACGUUUUACAGAAGAGAAAAACGGCCCUUAUUGUGUCUGCUGCCAUAUGGAUCGGGGUGAUACUGGAACUGCUGCCAUUGAUGUAUUUCCUGGCCCCUGUAACGCCUGACAAUAAUUACAAGUGUCUUGAUUAUGCAAGCUCUGGAGACCCCAUGAAAAACCUGAUCUACAGCAUGUUUCUGACUGUCUUUGGAUUCCUUAUCCCUCUCGUCAUCAUGUGCUGCUUCUAUGUGAAGAUGGUCCUUUUUCUUAAAAACAGGAGUGAGCAACUCAGUUCCCUCCUGACGCUUGAAAAACCUUUUACUUUAGUUGUCCUCACAGUGGUUAUCUUCUCAUUGCUCUUUACUCCCUAUCACAUAAUGCGCAAUGUCCGACUUGCUUCCCGAAUACCAGCCUUGAACAUAUCUGAGUGCACGCAGGGCAUCAUCAACACCAUUUACAUCAUCACGAGACCCAUUGCAUUUUUCAAUAGUGCCAUUAAUCCUGUUUUUUAUUUCUUAAUGGGUGAUCACUUCAGAGAGAUGCUGAUGGCAAAAAUAAGGCAGCUCUUGAGCAGGGUGACAAACACCAACAAAUGAAUGAAUAAGGAGACCUCUCGUAGUGGGAGAUGGGGAGAGGAAAAUCUCUUAGGGAGAACAUUCACCAACAUAGAGUGCCAUUUUUUUAGAUAACUCUAUUUGUGCUAUAGAAUAUGUGAAAGCUGAUUGUCCUGUAAAUGCACUUAUUGUACAGGAGAGCUCCUUCUGCUAAUCUGACUCCAGCAAACCAGAAGUGAUGCUCACUCAAAACAGUACAUCAGGAAAGAGUGCUCUCACAGCAGGACACACUAUGGCCUGUUAAUAUUGUAAACAAAAGAUCAUCAUGGUAGUUCUUAGAGGGAAAAUACACUGUUCACAGGCAGCUUCUUUGUGAGCCAUAACUUGAUGCUGGGCUGGACUGGACCUCGGUUUGGCUAAAAUGUGCCAGGGGCACUAAUUCACAUGGUCAACACAGUUUGGUGAUCAAGGCUGAGUCUUCUUUGAGGGAGUGUGUGCAAACUCUACACCUCCUGGGAGGUUUACCUUUCAGAAUAACUCAGACAAUUUGCAUUUUCAGCUGAUUUAGUGAGGGUUGGCAUCUCGGAUGUGGCAAAAAAGGAGGGUAUGCAAAUGGAAUGUUUCGUCGUCAUUGCCAGAAGGGAGGCAGUGGCUACGUUGCUAUUUUUGUUUGUCAUGAGUGCGAGGAGUGCAGAAAGCUGUAACAUUUGGCUGCAGGUCUUACAAGCAUUUCAUGGAAGCACUGCUUCCACAGUGAAGAUUGUGUGUGUGUGUUUGUGUGUGCGUAAACAUGGUCUUUCAUACUUUGAUAUUAAAGCUGGAUUCAGCUUGCAGAAGUAAAAAUAAGAAAAUCUCUUGGUUCAGUUCUUGACUGAGAUUUGCCUUCGUACGUCACCAGGACAGCUAUGCAAGCUUACGCUGGCAUUUUUGCUGUUCCCUUUCAAAGUAUAGCUUUACUUAACUUUAAUGUAAUUAUCUAUGAGUGCGAGCAGAAUGUCUAGCUUGAAGCCAUAUUUGGACCUCACAGUUAGAACUUCAUUAACAGUUCCAAUAAUGAAACAGGAGCCAAUGAUGAGCCAGUUCUCUACCUAACAUCCCUGCAGAGUCAUUGUAGCAGCAGAACUUACUCUCCAAUUGACUGACCUGACAUCAAAUAUGAAGGGUGAAGAGGCUGGUGCUGUAAUAUGCUUGUACGAGCUUGGGCUUGGGAAGGACCUGCUGAGAGCACUGGGGUGUGCCGGAUGGAUCAUGGGCACCAGUGUGGGCAGGGUGCGGGCUGCCCCCUCCUCUGCCUGAGUUCCAGCAGGUGCUGGAGGAGCCCCCAGUGAAGCACAAGGUGCGCGCUGCUCAGGGGCUUGCUGUUCCCCACGGUGUGGAGAAAGGACUGCUGGUCAUGACUCAUCAGAGAUAACUUUAGUUCUGCUUUCUGAUGUGUUGUUCAUCUGCAGUAUGCUUAAAU